AUGCCGACUUCCCUAGCGGCAGUCAUCACGCUUUUCGCGUCGAGCGCGGCAGUCAUGGACUUUCGCGGCACGAGCAGCAUGAGUAACCGCGAGCGAGAGAGAUAUCUAGCAGAUUUAGACUGUCGCUACGGCUAUGGUAGUUUUGUGGGUAGUGAUGGUGCGGUGCACGUGGGGAUCGAGAAGGUGCCGUUUGUGCGGUAUGUAGAGGAUGUAGAGUUCAAGGAGAGGGUUGCAAGGAGGCGUAAGGGGAGUCCUGGGGGAAAUGGAAAGGAAGUAAGGUAUGCUGAGCUUGACAGGAGCGAGGAUGGUGAUCGUAGGGCAAGGGAAGAGGCGCACAGAGGAGGAGAAGAGCGUAGGGGAGAGGAGGAAGGGCGUUCUCCAUCCUCACUGGAAGACAUCCCGCUAGCGGCUGACGACGAGCUCCGCUGA